AUGCUUGUCGACACAAAGCCCGACGCUGACCAACACCGAGAGGCGGCAGUCACCCGACAGCUGCGCUCCGGCAAGAAGAUGGACUGCAAUGUUGAGAUAUGUUCUCAACAGAUUGGCCAGUACUGCAAGAUCCACAGAACUCGCUAUGGGGCGAUUGCUACCGGCGAGUACAUCGCCUUCGCCUACUUCAAGAAUAUGCGCAUUAUGGAGACUGCGGCUCGCCAAAUGGAAGAAGGUCUCGGAAACGUCUGCGAGCUUUAUCUCGUUCCGGACAGCGGAGAGUGGAGAGCUGCUAUUGCAGGCUUCCUCGACAGAGGCUACAAGGACUUCACUUAUAUAGAGGCGGCCAAGGAUUGGAGACCAACGGCCCCACCCAGAUAG